GUGCUCAGUUUUGUUGUAAACCCAGUCCAGUGGGUUGGAGUGGCGCUGGACUUUAAAAAAAAAAAAGGAAAGAAGUGAAUAACGCACUUGUUUGUCUGGACGGCUGUCCUUGCUGUGUGCCAUGAAUUUCUUCAAAAGCUUUUGCCAACUUUCCCACUUUCCCCUUUCUAAGGAACUCGGAGCGUAUCUCGACUACGAUUCCUCCGCACAGGGCACAUCAACGACGGUCAUCCGGGACUCGCCAUGUCAGCAGCAAGAGGACGCACAGAUCGACCACAGCCCGCAGAACCUCUCAACUUGAACCACUAUGCCACUAAGAAGAGUAUAGCAGAGAGCAUGCUGGAUGUGGCGCUGUUGAUGGCGAACGCCUCUCAGCUGAAAGCCGUGCUGGAGCAGGGCCCUGAGUUCAAGUACUUCCUCACUGUCAUCAUCCUCAUCGCUGCGUCACUCUUCUUCCAAGUGCUCGCAGGCGCGCUCUUCGUCAACAUGGCACGCAAAAACCUCAAUGAUGUGGCCAAUCAGAGGAAGCUGGACAUAAUGAAUAAUGUGGCCACAGGGCUGGUGUUUCUCACCGUCAUCAUCAACAUCUUCAUCACCGCUUUCGGAGUGCAGAAGACAGGUCUCUAUCCUAAACAGUAGCCUGAACUGUCUGUAAGAUCCUUGGGGA